GUGUGUGCGUGUGCCUGUGCGUGUGCGCGUGUGUGUGUGUGUGUGUGUGUGUGUGUGUGUGUGUGUGUGUGUGUGUGUGUGUGUGUGUGUGUGUGUGUGUGUGUGUGUGUGUGUGUGUGUGUGUGUGUGUGUGUGUGUGUGUGUGGCUCCGAAGGUCCGUGGGAAAGAAUCGCAUCGAUGAGAACACGGUCAGUUGUCCAGUCCACUGUGUAGACUACCUGUCCCUGGGUGCUGCUCUAAACACAACGCAGAGAACCGGGCAGCGCUGUCGGAAUAAACAGUUUGCUUGUUUUGGACUUUGAAGACAUUGAAGUCACUGCAUGCUGCAUCGGAAGGAAUUAAAGCGGAGGAUUCCAAAUAUUAUUAUACUUAACUCUCGUGAGGAAUUCGGCGGAUCCACUGUUUUUAGAAGUAAGUUCGUUCAUUUUGGGGAAUAGCUAAUAUUGCCAUCCAUUUCGCCCUUUAAGCCUAUAAUUUCGCCAAUUGCAAAACAUCUAAAACCAAAUCCUCUGAUGAAGACAAAAAACUACUAGGGCGGACUCAAUCAUAAAAUCAACUUUUCCGCCAAAGAGUAAAAGCGUCCCGCCUCGUGCCUGGAGGAGAGAGGAGCCCCCCUGAGGAGAGAGAGGAGCCCCCCUGAGAGGACAGGAGCCCCCGUGCUGAGCCAUGAAGCGGCCAUGCGAGGAAAGCAGCUCCGGGGACAGCGACGCCGACGGGACCAUCGAUGUGGGCAGCGACAGCGGUUAUCCCCGGCACGUGAAUGGGUCUUUUCUCAGAUGUGGAUCCCCGAACAACCCCACACAAACCCUGGCGAGGAAAAAACGAAGAGGGAUUAUCGAGAAGAGGCGCAGGGACCGGAUUAACUACAGCCUUUCGGAGUUGAGGAGGCUUGUUCCCACCGCCUUCGAGAAACAGGGCUCGGCCAAGCUGGAGAAGGCGGAGAUCCUGCAGAUGACGGUGGACCACCUGAAGAUGCUCCAGGCCAGCGGGGGGAAAGGUUAUUUCGACGGCCACGCCCUGGCCCUGGACUUCCUGUCCCUGGGCUUCAGGGAGUGUGUGUCCGAGGCCUCCCGCUUCCUGGGCUCCGUGGAGGGCCUGGAGCCCAGCGAGCCCCUGCGCCUGCGCCUCCUGUCCCACCUCUCCUCCUGCGCCUCCCACCGCGACGCCGCCGCCAUGACCCUCCUGGCCCCUCCUCUGCCACCCCCGACGCCCCCCCCGCCGCACCACCACAACCACCACCACCACCACCAUCACCCGGCCCCGCCCUUCCCCUGGACCGCAGCCGCCGCCGCCAUCGCCACGGCAACCGCCUUCCACUCCUUCCCCCCCCCCACCGCGUUCGGACUGAGCGUGUUCCCCGGCGGUGGGGCGGCGGGAGGAGAGGGAGGAGGUGGAGGGAGGGGCUGUGGCGGUUUCGCCCCCCACAGGAUGGGGGAGGUGUUGCAGCGUAGCCCGUCGGUCUCCACGCUAAGAUGA